CUUGGAGGCGGCUUUCUUAGAAUUGUAUGCUACCGUUGGAAAUCUAAUAUAUGGUUGACAAAAAAGUAUAACAGCAUCAUGAGUUCUAUUCGUGUCAUUCCGUUGGGUGCUGGACAGGAUGUCGGAAGGAGUUGCAUUCUCGUCACACUAGGGGGCAAGAACAUUAUGUUUGAUUGUGGAAUGCACAUGGGGUACAAUGAUGAUAGAAGAUUUCCUGACUUCACAUACAUCACUGACAAAGGAAGUCUCAGUGAUUACUUAGACUGUGUUAUUAUUAGUCAUUUUCAUCUAGAUCACUGUGGUGCUCUACCUUAUAUGACCGAAGUAAUUGGUUAUGAUGGUCCAAUUUAUAUGACUCAUCCUACCAAAGCAAUUUGUCCGAUACUUUUGGAAGAUUAUCGUAAAAUCAAUGUUGAGCGAAGAGGAGAUCAAAACUUUUUCACCUCAGAUAUGAUAUACCGAUGUAUGGCUAAAGUUAAAUGUGUAUACAUACAUCAAACUGUCAAGGUAGAUGAUGAACUUGAAAUACAAGCAUUUUAUGCGGGUCAUGUUCUAGGAGCAGCGAUGUUUCUUGUGCGUGUAGGAGCGAAGUCUGUUUUAUAUACUGGUGAUUAUAAUAUGACACCUGACAGACAUCUUGGAGCAGCUUGGGUUUCUCGUUGUCGUCCAGAUCUUCUCAUCACAGAAAGUACUUAUGCAACAACAAUACGAGAUUCAAAACGUACAAGGGAGCGGGAGUUCCUGGAGAAGAUUCAUGCGCGCGUUGAAGCUGGUGGUAAAGUUUUGAUUCCCGUUUUCGCCUUGGGUAGGGCUCAGGAACUAUGUAUAUUACUUGAGACGUAUUGGGAAAGAAUGAAUAUAUCAGUGCCAAUAUACUUCUCGAUGGGUAUGGCUGAAAAGGCUAAUGAAUAUUAUAAGCUAUUUAUCUCUUGGACCAAUCAAAAAAUCAAAGAGACGUUUGUAAAGCGCAAUAUGUUUGACUUCAAACAUAUAAAGCCUCUUGGACAAGGAACAAUAGACAAUCCAGGACCAAUGGUAGUCUUCGCUACACCUGGUAUGCUUCACGCUGGCCAAUCUUUACAUAUAUUUCGUAAAUGGGCUUCAGAUGAACGAAAUAUGGUUGUGAUUCCUGGAUAUUGUGUUGCUGGAACCGUUGGUUACAAGAUCUUAAAUGGAGUUCGACGUCUUGAAUUCGACAAACAAGUUUUAGAAGUGAAGAUGUCUGUUGAGUACUUAUCGUUUUCAGCACAUGCAGAUGCUCGUGGCAUUAUGCAGUUAAUAUCUCAUUGUCAGCCAAGACAUGUAAUACUAGUACAUGGUGAGGCGAUUAAAAUGGACUUUUUAAAGUCAAAAAUUGAACAAGAAUUCGGCUUACCCUGUUCAAAACCUGCAAAUGGGGAGAUACUUCACGUAGAAACAGAGCAACAAUUCAUUGUAGAAGCCUCAAGAGAAUUCUUGAAUCAAUCUUAUCACUCAGAUGAUCCCAAUGAACCACUCAUUAAACGAUCUCGUUCUAUUGAAGGUGGGAUUCAAAUUGAACCUGGUACAACUCCUAAACUACUUGACCGAGCUUCAAUUUUGGCUUCAUUCAGCUUAAAAGAGCAUAUUAUGCGAUUUACUUCGACCCAUGUAUUUACUUCAUCAUCAAAUCUCACUACUAUUCUCGACAAAUUUAUCAAACUUUGUUCAAAGUUACCUAUUGAUCCCCCAAAACUAGUUCGUAAUCAAAUACUUUUCAAUGAUUCAGUGAUUGUGUCAAUUUGUGAUCCUAUAUUAGAAGAGUUCGACGAUGAAACUCGUGAAAAAUCAAUGGCUGCUUUACGUCGCACAUCUAAUCUACAAACAAAAGAAUUUGUAUGCCAUGUGACUUACAGUUUACAGCAUGAAGGACUGGGAGAGCAACUGAUAAAAAUAUUCAAGGAACAAGUUGUUAGUAUCUGAGAAUGUCUGUCGAUACUUUACAAUCAUCCUCAUUAUUUUCCGAUGUUUUAUUAUCCAAUGCAUUUUUACCUAUGACAAAUUAAACAGCAAUCUAUGAAAACUUGUUUUCUUUCCUCCUUCUAAUUCAACCAAUAUAACCGUCUAGCUGUCCACCUAUAUUCAGCCCCAACCGAAGUGAAACUGACGUUAACCCUUCAACCAUGUUUAAAUAUAAGAAUACUAUAACGAAUCCAGAAUAUCUGCCUUGGAUAAACAAACAAACAAGAUCAACGUAGGACGUCGCACAUAAUAUUACAAGGCCUGAUAUUCUUCAGAAUAAAUCGAUUUCUCACUUGCGUAAUGAACUACAACUCUGCUGAAGGUUUAAAUUUCAAACGCACAGACAGAAUCAGCGUAGAAUCUCACACACAAGUGCAUUGGUUCAAGUAACCCUACUUCAUAUUGGUAUACAAAGACUAGGUGGAUAGAAAAAGAAUCAUAUUAAAGUAGACAAGGUUGUGUCAGAAUAAUUUGAAGACAACGGUUAGUGCAAACAUUCAAGAUUUAGAAGACGUCAAAGCGUGAAUAUAUCUGCGUCUUUGUGACCGAUUUUCAGCCAUGUCACUAAGAGUCCUCAACCACUGAGUCUUAUCAUCCAGGGACCCCAGCCAGACAGUCUAACUGCGGAGCACAAAUAUCCACUUUACUCAAAAUAGUAGACUACUUCUGUUCAUUUCAUCAAUCAAGUGUCCAUAUAAUGGUGAUAUUAGUCAUAUACAAAAUAAAUAAACUAAUCCAGCCAUCACAUAAAAAUUACAGCUGGUAAUCUAAGCUGUCAUAAAUGUAGCUAUUUUUGGCAUAAUUUCAAUGGGAACCUUUCGUUUGAUAAAUAUACUACGAUAAAAGUAUUUGCAGAUACUUUUGAUUUCAUUUACAAAAAAUCAGUAUUGAUCUCAGUUGUACAGAUGCAUCUUCAUUGUAAUCAUCAUAUCGCAUUUCGUUACUUUUCCUACCCUCUCCUUUUCUCUUCUUAUAACUUUUGAUUACAAUCACUUUCCC